AUGCAGUUACCGGGAUUUGAAGGCCCUGUGACGCUAGACACGUACAAGAAGCGGUUCGAGCUGCUGUUGCAUGUGGAGGAACUUCAAAUGGAGGCGGACAUUCGUUACUAUGACAUGCGGGGAGUCCCUGUGCUGCCGUGCGGGAGUCGCAAUGUGAGCGAGUUUUACCAGCUGACGGUGCCAGGGCUGGCGGAGAAACGCCCGUCUGUGCUGCUUGGUGAUCGGGUGUAUCUGACGUUUGCGAACGAGGCGGGAGCACGGAGGCGGAUUGAGUAUCAGGGCUUCGUGCACAGGGUGGAGAGGGAGAGCGCCAUCCUCCGCUUCCACCCUGACUUCCACCGCCGAUUCAUCCCCGGCCAGCUCUUCAACGUGCGCUUCGAGGUGCCCCGCGGCCCAGUCAGAGCGUGCCACCUGGCACUGGGUCUCGCAAACCGACACCUGGGGCAGCACGUGCUCAUGCCAUCAGAAAUCCCUCAAGAGGCUCUUCAGUAUUGGCUUUUGUCACAAGACCAGUGGGUUAAGGGCAUUGGUCCCGACCCGACUCCCAACUGCCCCUUCCCUGUUUUGAAAGUCCCCGCCAUCCGCCCCUUUGAUCGCCGGCUGAAUGUGGAGCAGAGGGAGGCAGUGGCACAACCGCUGCUGUUGAACGUGGAGCAACGAGAAGCAGUGGCACAGCUGCUGGUGCGCUCUCGCCUGCAGCUGGGCGCACGGCCCGAGCCCUACCUCCCACCCUACAUCGUCUUCGGGCCGCCUGGCACCGGCAAGACCAAGACGGUUGUCGAAGCUAUCCUACAGGUGGUGAAGGGGAUGCCCUUGGUGCGUGUGCUCGUGUGUGCGCCAUCCAACAGCGCCACUGACAACAUCGCUCUCCGCCUCAGAGGCAACCUGCAGGUCCGUGAGAUUCUGCGCCUGUACUCUGUGAGCCGCGGUCGGGACGAGGUGGACACGGACCUGCUGCCAUUCACUCGCUACGACGACUCCACGGGAACCUUCCGCCUGCCGUCCCUCUCAGAGAUCCACACCGCUCGGGUCGUUGCCGUCACCUGCUGCUCCGCUGCUCUGCUCUACCGCAUGGGCGUUCCCCGCGGCACCUUCACGCACAUCUUCAUAGACGAGGCAGGCCAUGCCAUCGAGCCGGAAGGCAUCAUCCCCAUCGCAUGCCAUGCCGCGCCACAUGCCGUCAUCCUAUUGGCCGGAGACCACAAGCAGCUGGGCCCGGUUGUGCGCUCCCUCGCCGCCCGGAAGUACAAGCUCCCCUGCUCGUACCUCGAGCGGCUGGCGAGCCUCGGCAUUUACUCCGCGGAAGAUCAGGAAGAUGGGAGUUACAUCGGUUACAACACGAGUGCCAUCACGAAACUAGUCAAGAACUACCGGUCUCACCCGAAAAUUUUGGAGCUGCCCAACGAAAUGUUUUACGAGGGGGAGCUGGAGGCGUGUGCGGACGAGAUGGUCCGGUCUUCUCUCUGCCGGUGGGACGAGCUGCCCAACAAAAACGAAUUCCCGAUAAUUUUCCACGGGGUGAUGGGGAAGGAUGAGAGGGAGGGCAACAGCCCGUCGUUUUUCAACCCGUUUGAAGCGACAGUAGUUCUGAAAUACAUUACCUCUUUAAUGGGCUACAGGAGCCAGCGGGUUCCCUUGACUGACAUUGGGGUGGUUACCCCGUAUCGCAAGCAGAUGCAGAAGCUGCAGCAGCUGCUGCGAGGGAAGGGGAUGGACGCUGUGAAGGUGGGGAGUGUGGAGGAAUUUCAGGGGCAGGAGAGGCGGGUUGUGAUUGUAUCGACCGUGAGAUCGAGCCAGCAGUAUGUGGAGUUCGAUUAUAAGCACAAUCUGGGGUUCCUGGCGAAUCCAAAGCGGUUCAAUGUGGCUGUAACGAGGGCCAAGCAGCUGCUUAUUAUUGUGGGCAACCCCAACCUCCUGGCUCAGGAUCGCUGCUGGGGUGCGCUGCUGCAGUACUGCCUCAGAAACAAGGCCUACACGGGCUGCCCUCUCCCCGCCUCCAUCCCUCCCCCUGACCUCCCGUCUGGGUCGCAACCUGGGGGAUCCGAGCUGCUGGAUUCGCUCGCCAGGCUGUCACUGCAGGAGGAUGACGAUGCUGACAGCGCGCGUGCUGGCGCUGAGUCAGCGCGGGCGCUGGGCGGGUUUUCAGCCGCGACUGCUCAUGAGGACCUGGAGUGGCGGGUGGAGGCGUGA